AUGAUUACCAGCACGAUCGAGAUAGCCGCUCCUCCAGCGAAAGUUCGCGAUAUCUUGCUUAAUUUCUCGGCAUAUCCCGAGUGGCACACGGAAUGGCUGAAGGAGAUCAAAGUCCAGGACACCACCAAGACCCCGCAAACCCUCAGCGACGGGGACAAGAUCGACGUCAACAUUGAAAACUUCAAAUUCGUGGCUGAAGUUAAGAUUACUUCUCAGGAGAACACUGAGAGCUUGUUCUCUUGGCAGGGCCCGCCGGUCUUUACGAUUGCUGGUCUGCAUAAAUUCCACCUGGAGCCCGCCAACGAUGGAGCAUCCACUGUUUUCACUCAGACUGAGGAUCUCAAGGGUUUUUUGGCGUUCAUCAUGAGUCCCUCGCUGCUUGGAAAGAAAAUGGCGGCCCAUUUCGACAUCUUCCACCGGGACCUUAAAGCUCGGGCCGAGCAAGCCUAA